AUGCUGAGUGUUGCUGCUGGUGAGGGGAGCAGCAGUACCAGCAAAGACGGUGGUGGUGGUGGUGGUGGUAGCUCGGAUGACCUUACUGCUGUGGCUGCUGUCACUGCUUCUGUACCCUCUGGGGCUAGUGGCGGUGAUACUGGUGGUGCUAGUGGUGGUGGUUCUAUUGGCGGUGAAGGUGCUGGCGCUGGUGCUGGCCCUGGUGGUGGUGAUGGUGGUGCUGCUAGUGCUGGAAAUGAGGGUGGUAUUUCUGAACCGCAUGAGAGUGACCACGAGGCAGUGGAGGUACUAUCUGAAAAGGCUGGAGGGAAGGUUCUAUCUGAGGAAGGUGGAGGGGAGGUGUUAUCUGGGGAAGCUGGAGGGGAGGUGCCAUCUGGGGAAGGCUGUGUGGAGAAGCAACCACCAGCUGAUCCUGGUUCUGCUGUGAUCGCUGAAGCAUCUGUAGCGACAGCACUAGCAGUUGUUCCCAGUACGCCCCUCCCACCAUCUCCCUCCCAUCAUCUCCCUCCCACCAUCUCCCUCCCACUAUCUCCCUCCCACCAUCUCCCUCCCACCAUCUCCCUCCCACCAUCUCCCUCCUACCAUCGCCCUCCAACCAUCUGCCUCCCACUAUCUCCCUCCUACCAUCGCCCUCCCACCAUCUCCCUCCCAUCAUUGCCCUCCAACCAUCUCCCUCCCACUAUCUCCCUCCUACCAUCGCCAUUCCACCAUCUCCCUGCCGCCAUAUCCUUCGACCCUUAG